UGCGAAGGGGUGCGGGGCCCGUCGUGCUUCUUCCAGCGCACGGGCGCAGGCGUUCUUCGAGCGACUCGCCCCAACCAGCCCGGGCACCUGUUACUCGCUUGUCGCAGUUCCAUCGUUCUUCAUUGUUCGUUUACCGGCCGGUGAAAUCACAAAAUCCGUUCGUUUCAAUUGUAUCCAGUAUCGUUCGUGCGUUCUGCAAAUCGAAUAUUUUGUCGCAACAUGUCUGAACAAGCCCAAGAGAAUGCCGCCCCCGUCGUAAACGGUGAGCAAAAUGGCGAAAGCAAAGAUAAGGAAGUAACGGAAAAUGGCACAACUGGCGAAACUGCCGAACCUGUUGCCGAGACGGAAAACGAAGCGCCCAAAAAAGAGAUGAGGGCGGUCGUUUUGACCGGUUUUGGAGGCCUCAAGUCGGUGAAGAUCCUCAAAAAACCGGAACCCACGCUCAAUGAGGGCGAGGUGCUCAUCAGGGUGAAGGCCUGCGGCCUCAACUUCCAGGACUUGAUGGUGCGUCAAGGGGCCAUCGAUUCGCCUCCGAAAUGCCCGUUUAUUCUUGGGUUUGAGUGUGCUGGAGAUGUUGAGCAGGUUGGAGAAGGAGUCGAAGACUUCCAGGUGGGAGAUCAAGUGGUCGCCCUGCCCGAGUACCGAGCUUGGGCUGAAUUGGUGGCAGUUCCCUCCAAGUACGUCUACAAGCUGCCCAAAGGACUUUCCUACUUGGAUGCUGUCACCAUCACCAUGAACUACACGGUCGCCUAUAUUCUGCUGUUCGAAAUCGGCGCUCUUACUCAAGGAAAAUCCGUUCUGGUUCAUUCUGUUGGUGGUGGAGUGGGUCAAGCAGUGGUCCAACUAGCUAAAACCGUCCCAGACGUGACCAUUUUCGGACUGUGCUCUAAAGGAAAACACGACGUUCUAAAAGAAGCCACGUCCCCAAUUGACCAUUUGCUUGAGCGAGGAUCAGACUAUGUGAGCGAAGUCAGGAAGAUUUCCCCCGAUGGAGUCGACAUUGUGCUGGACUGUCUAUGCGGCGAAGAGUGCAAUAAAGGCUACAAUCUGCUUAAGCCCAUGGGAAGAUACGUUCUCUAUGGAACGUCGAACGUUGUUACCGGCGAAACGAAGGGCUUCUUCAGCGCCGCUCGCUGUUGGUGGCAAGUAGAUAAAGUUUCCCCUCUGAAGCUCUUCGACGAAAACAAAAGCUUGGCCGGGUUCAACCUGCGCCACUUGAUGUACCAGCAAAACGGCGCCGCUCACGUGAAACAAACGGUCGAGAAGGUGUUUGAGCUGUUCCAAGGCGGCAAAAUCAAACCCCUUUUGGACUCCACAUGGGCACUUGAGGAUGUGGUGGAGGCGAUGCAGAAGAUGCACGAUCGCAAGAACGUAGGAAAAAUGAUCCUGGACCCCAGCUUGGAGCCCAGACCGAAGCCAGCGACUCCAGCCAAAGGCAAAGACAAGAAGAAGCAAUCGUCUGAGGAGAAGAAGGAAAGCGACGAGAAAAAGGAGGAGAAGAAGGAGAAGGACGAGGAGAAGAAGGAAAAGGAGGAUAAGGAGGCGAUCACUAACGGAACCGGAGAACCGGCCGCCGAAGAGGCUGAGAAGAAGUAGGGUAGCAACAAAGUAUAUUAACUAUUAUCUGUUGACAAUGAUAAUAUUUAAGGUUACACAAAGAUUUUAAAUCCAUGUAAAUUAAGGUACCUAUCCAAAAUCAAAACUGCGCCUAGGCGAUUGUAUACGUCCCAGGUAAUAUUCCCAUCUAUCUUUGUGUGUGUAUCACUCCUAUAAGGGUCAACUAGUUUACUGUUUCAUUAUUUCACAACACUCAUUGCUGGACAAAAACUCUUCCAGUUUUAAACUGGCCACAUUUAUGAAGAUCUCAAGUUGAACCGAACUGACCAUACUUGCUGUGUUAUAAUUUUUAGCGUCGAAACCUAAAGGAGAUUCCUGUGAACUAAUGACCAAAUUGGUGGACUAACCAUAUUAUGUCUCAAUUUAUUUUUAUAAUUCCUAAUUUAAGAUGUAUUUACUGUAGUUUGUUCAUGACGAAUAAGUUUGUAUUAUUAAUUACGUUAAAGUCCGAAAUGUUUAUUUACUAGUGAUUUGCGUUUUUUAUUAUUAUUAUUAGUUGUAAAAUAAUCGGUGCAUCUACCAUGUGGGGCAAAAAGAGGCUGUAUUUUUGCAUAUCAAUCAGUCAGCCCAAAUCUACUACUAAAAGCCAUGUUAGGUGAUACCGAGUAUUAAAAGAAAACUUUCUUGCUUGUACGGAAUCAGUGUUUCUCGUUCGGGAAGCAACGAAUCCCAAUAGUUAGGUGUUUAAGAAAAAGCUACUUUGCACUAUUAUCGCGUACACUUAAAAACAAUUAAGUCUACUACUACUACUACUACUAUAAAUCAAAUCGCCGUUUGUCUAGAAGUUUUUUUUUAUAAAACUGACAUAUCUAUAAUUCACAAUCGAGCUCAGACCAACCAGUAGUUAGCAUUUGAUAAACGUAUUUAUGCUUAGGCAGACAAAAACGAAUUUUAACAUUUAUACUCCGUAUAUUCUUAACAUAUUUUUGCUAAAAUGCCAUUUUAUGGAGCCAUAUCACUCAAAACGUUUUGUAUUACACCCUUAAUCGAAUUUAUAUGCAUUAGUUUAGUGAGGGUUCAGUUCGCGCUAACGCUCUCGCCGCUGCCUCACUCGAUGAGAUCAGUGAGGUUUCGCUUCGUAUAUGUUCUACAGCUCAUACAUGUAAACGUAAAACUGUAACUGUGCAAGAUAUAUUUUCGUAAUGAGUGCGUCUAGUGGACGGACUGUAGUUAGGAAGGAGCUGGCUUCAAUGUUCUGUUUAAAAAUGUUUAACUAUUCAAUUAAUUAUGCUGGAGUAUGUUCGAUAUAAGGCUUGAAAAUUAUAUGUAAAUGUAAGACUGAUGAGUUAAGCUACUGCGUAUUAUUGCUUGGAUGCCUGUAUAAUAAAAUAAAUGUAUGAUUACUGA